AAGUCAAAAUGCCUCUCCUGAUGGACACCCCUCCCGGGACUCACUGGCAGCAGAGUAAAGAGUGGAAUGAAGCUCGACUGAGAAUAGUAAAAACUCUUGAAGACUUUGAUCUGGGCCCAACUGAAAAGUGUGUGAGAGUCAACUCGGUGUCCAGUGGUCUGGCCGAAGAGGAUCUGGAGACCCUCCUGCAGUCCCGGGUCCUUCCCUCAAGCCUGAUGCUGCCCAAGGUGGAAGGUCCUGAAGAAAUCCAGUGGGCCGUGUGUAAAGAAGCACUGAAGACCGGGCCUCAAGUGGGUCUUUUCCUAGACGCAGUCGUUUUUGGAGGAGAAGACUUUCGGGCCAGCAUAGGUGCAACAAGUAGUAAAGAUACCCAAGAUAUUCUGUACGCCCGACAGAAGAUUAUCGUUACAGCGAAGGCCUUUGGUCUGCAGGCCAUAGAUCUGGUAUACAUUGACUUUCGAGAUGGAGAGGGGCUCCUCAGGCAGUCAAGGGAAGGAGCUGCAAUGGGAUUUACUGGUAAGCAGGUGAUACACCCUAACCAAAUUGCGGUGGUACAGGAACAGUUUUCUCCUUCCCCUGAAAAAAUUAAGUGGGCUGAAGAACUGAUCGCUGCCUUUAAAGAACAUCAACAAUUAGGAAAGGGAGCCUUUACUUUCCAAGGGAGUAUGAUCGACAUGCCAUUACUGAAGCAAGCCCAGAACAUUGUUACGCUUGCCACAUCCAUCAAGGAAAAAUGAUCUGUUAAAUGAAGCUCUCAUCAGGUGGGCUGAACAUAUACAGUGGGUUUCUAAAAGACAAACCAUAAUAUUCAAGGCAACUUGUUAGUAUGCCAGAUUGGAACCUUUCUCCCAUUUACAGUUCAUGUUAAUCACAAUUUUUGUGUGUGUGUUAUCUCACUGGCCAGUUAUCCCUCUAAAAAUGAACUUCCUCCUUUUGGAUUCCAAGCUUAUGACUUUAUUGCUCAUUAAUGUGUUACAAAUAUGCACUUAUGAUUUCACAGGGAGAAAAAACAGUGGAGAGAGAUGGGCUGGGGGCAUGUUAGGUCUUUAAUGAAACAGAUCUUUCUCAAAUAUGUGCGCUCCUUUCACAUUUCUCACAUUAGAUGUUUCCCACAUUGUUCAUUACUCAACACUGUAAAUAAUUUUAAGGCCAGUCUUUGAAACUAGUGGUUAAAUGACGGGGUUCUGUUUAUUUCAGUAUAAAUCUGAUAAAACGAGAGAUGGCAUAGAAAAGUUAAGUAUCAGAUAGCUUCUGAAAAUAAAUCUUCAAAACCUAUUGCUCUUAACCACCUUCCAAAAUGAAACCUCCACCCAUUUGAACCAGGAGGUGAGAACUAUGAAAGCCCUCAUCCUGGGUGAAUGCUUUGGGUGAACAGUCACCAGCAAUUAAAAAAAAAAAAAAUGCGCAGAGACACAAGACCAUCCAUUCUCUCCCUUAAUUUCCCCAUUUAACUGUUUUGCCAUUGAGGCCACUUCCCCCUGUAAAUGUAUGGCCGGGACAGGGCCCCCUCAGCAAUAAACUUGUAGCCUCUAAGAGGACACAAUGCGGCAGAGCUGGUGCAUAUGGUCCCCUGCGAGAUUUGCAUCACAUUAGAGAUGCUGCUGCAGGUCGUAUGGGCGGUGUGGUUAACGGGCUUAGUAAAGCUGUUUUGAAGAGGUUAACCCAGCUUGUAGUAAGGGUAAAUAAACAUAACCACCAGCCAUUCUUCCCUAUUCAGCGUGUGCUCUUAUACCGAAGGCUAAAGGGUAUUGAAGCUGGAAAGGAUCAACUUGUGUUUGCCAGAGGACGCCAAUGAAAUUUGAAACACCAACAAUCAGAGAUUUUGUUUCUGCUCCUCAUUAAAUCAUGAGCUUUUGUGUUGA